AUUCAAUUUAAUUCACCGAGUGGUCCAUGAUAUAAGGUGCUAUCAAAAUUCACUUGGAACGUUUAGGGAAGUUCUUGCAGAAUUAGAGUUUUACGGAGAGGUCCCGGAAAAGGAAAUGAUGUGAAGCUAUGUAGAUUUGCAAAGACGACGACAGAAUUCAAAAAUAUGAAAGUUGCUCAUCCAAAUCAAAGCGCAGCUGCGGCAUUUUUCACCAACUUCCACCAGCAGGGAUCGAAGAGGUAUGUAAACUUAAAACACUUAGGAGAUAUCACUUACUCCUCGAAGAAGUGGCAUCUUUUCAAUAACGAUUAACUGGCAUCUUGAUGAUGCUCCUUAAAGCGAUCCUGUUAAAUUCGCAAUUGGUGGAAGACCGACCAAAAUAGGCUGUUGGCUUUCUUUCAAAAUUUAGCGUUCGCUUAGCUUAGGAAAGCAGUUCAGUAAAUUUGAAAUAUCGAAUCUAAGGUAAUAGUGUUAAUGAAUGUUUUCUCUGGAGCAGCGAAUCUUCUGGAUGUUUAUAGGCGACAUUUGCAGACAGAAAUGUUUUGUACUCAGUUUGCAUUAUUUUCAGGGUUGUUUUGAGAACAAAGAUACUCGAAACGUUAUAUCAUGCCUAAGAAGUCUGUAACCCAGGAAACAACCCCUGCGGGUAUGUCGUUCCUUCAGAUUCCUGGGACGUCGUCUACAGCCGAAAGCGUGUCCGAAAAUUCUCGAGAUGGUUCGGCAGUGUCUUCGCUGAAGUCUGCUUCGUUACACUUUUCAACAACAGUACGAAUGCUUGCUCCAGUUAUAUGGUCGCGAAUACAGUCCCGGAGAGCGGUUUGUUAUUGUUUUUGGUUUAUAACGUUUUAUGAACAGCAUUGAAAGAUAUUUUGUGGUUUAAUGUGGACUUUGGUGACUGUUACGGUUUGGAUGACCCGCCUUCAGGCAGUGUGUGACGCUAUGUUGUCAAAACAAUCUCACAAACUGAUGUUAACUGCUGAACAAGUCCACCAACAAUUUAUCAAUCAUCCCCUUUUUUGUUAAAGUUCAAGCACGUAGUUGAGACUAGGCAGGUAUUAAUAUUUGAAGGCGCCACAAAUUUGCUUGUUUUAGUAAUUACCUUGGACAGGAUUAGAAUGUGAAGAACGAUAAGCUUCUUGAGGAACGCAUGAUUUUUUAUUCGGUUUCCACAUCUUGUUUUUAUUUUAUUUUUUCAGAAAUCAGUGGCCUUCACCACCCCUGUUUCUUUCCACACAAAUGAUUCUUCAAACGAGUAAGAUAUAAUGUUUCUUUUUCGAUUGUGGUACGGGCAUUUAAAAAGAACGUAACUUAAUUCAAUCAAUUUAUUAGUAACAAGAUAUUAGGAAUCUAAAUUACAAGAAAAAAAGUCUUUCUCCUGUCCCCUGGUGGUUUAUGAGGGUUCACCCACCCUUCUCACAAGACUUGUGAGUUUUCCAUGAAAGAACAAGUUUGGUUAGUUUGGUUUGAUUGUUUGACAACUGACAAUGCAGUCAAAGAGUGUGUCACUUGGUUUCAUUUAACUGUUUAAUCUAAGAUUGAAUGACUAUUGGAUAAUAGCCUGAGUGGAGGGGAGAGGGGAGGUGGUGGUUUGUUAAGAAUACAAAUAAGUAAAGAUUUUGUGAAUACACCAAAAAGGAACUGGUGCUUGUUAUCAGAUGUGACUUUUUGUUUGGCUAAUUUUGAUGACUUCCCUUAGCUUUUAUAUCAACAUGAAAGGACUUACAUGUAAAUCUUAAAGCACAGAUUCAAAUUUAUCUCUUUGAAAAGGAUGAUGUAUUUCAUACAGUGGACAUGCAACCAUUCAUAAGGAAAAAUUUACCCAUGCAACCAUUUUCAACCAGAAGAAGAUGUACAGGGUAUAAGCGCAAGACAGACAAAAUAUGAUUAAAAGCACAUUUCCAGUUUAGGAGAUUAAAAUAUUUAGUAAAGACAACCAUGUUGAUAUCAGAAAGUUAAUCAAUACCUAGCUGAUUCUGGAAAAAUAUUUGUGUGUGUGUGUUCUGAAAAUGUGAGAGAUGAAAGAGUGCAUUUAAAAGGAGAUGAAAAAAUAAUUUGUCUUAUUGUCUUUUUUUAAUAUGAGAGGUUUUAAGUUAGUGGUGGAUAAAUGUAGUCCUACUUGUAAUAAUGAAGUUUAUUAUGUUUGACAAUUGUGCAUUGAUGUGGAACAUAGUCAGAGUGUCUGUAAUUACAUUUUGCAUGUAAGAUUGAAGUUUAAAAACUUGCCUUUCUGAAAAAAUAUUUUGUUUGGACCAGUGUUAAAUUGUGACACAAAGUAUUCCUUUGAUUUUCCUUCAGUAAUCUUUCAAUUUGUUGACUUAUCUUUUGUUUUAUUCAUUGUUCAACUGCCCUUUGUCUUUUUUUAAGUCUCUGAAAACCAUUUAAUUACCUAUGCAAAUUUCAACAGAAGUCAAUUUUGUAGUAAUUCAAGUGUGACCAUUGAAGUUGGUUAAUACCAUGGCUACCUACGCCAGGCUACAAAAAGAUUUUAUGAUACUUGAGAAUGAUUUUCACACAUGGUCUAAUUAAUGUAGAGAGAUUAUUCAUCAAAGUUCUGAAAUUGUGUCUGAAGAACACAAGUUAGUUCUCAAAGAAACAUCAGGGAUAUUAACAAGAUCAUAACAUGGGAUUACACAUACAAACAAAACUGUUAUUAAAACCGUUGGUCUAAAGAAGGAAUGGGUGCAAGGUAGGAAAGAUUUAAAGAAAUCUUAAAGAGUUUUUGCUCAAUUUUCUUACCUUUUUUAAGUUUCUUGUGAACAGCAUAGUUUCAUAAAGCUGAAAUUAUGAUGUAGAUUUACAACUGAUAUCUAUCAUGGCAUGCAGAGAUGUUAAUUAUGUUUGUCAGUUAUCAUUAUUACAUAGCAGCUUCUUAUAUUUACUAAACAAACUUUUAAAUAAUUCUGAGUAUUUUUGGCCUUCUCUGUGAAGGACUUGAUCAUUUUUUAUUACCUUGGAGGUAUUUAAAAUGUUUAAAAUGAUAUGAAAACUAAGGAUGCAAUGUUAUGACACGUGUUUCUUGUCUCACUCUAUUAAAAUUAUUUGUUUUUGAAAAAUGACUUGGUUGUCAAAUAGGACUCUGACUCCCCAACUUUUCUGUGGGUACAUGGUAUAUGGUACAUGUUAUUAUGGUCAAGUCGUAUCUAUGUUAAGUCAAUUGAACCUACAUUAGGUUUUGGCAUAUUUUAUAUUAAAUUCACUUGUAUUCCAUGAGUAGAACAGGAAUAGCUACAAGCAGCAUCUUGUUACUACAUUGUAUAUUCAACAUUUUACUCAUAACUGUUUAGCUGAUAGCCUGUUCCAGUCUUUCAGCCUGCAAAACAGAGAAAAAUAGUAAAUGGCACAGUUCUAGCAGCAUAGAAAACAGGAGGAAGGCACCUCCCUUGUUUUAUCACUCCUUUGCUACUACUGCACUGUUCACUAUCAGGCUUCAUCUUAGUGAACUCCUGGAACAGGCUAUAUAACUCUUCAUCACAGUUGCUUGCAUCCUAUCAAUUGCUCUGAAGAUAAAUGACAAAGGGAAAUGGAAACUAUUGAUCAUGUCCAGUUAAUGUUGUAGGAUUUGUUUUUGAUAAGAAUACACUGCUUGGUCAGCCUAACUCCACUUUGCUUUGAUCAAGGGCUAAUUUUCAAAACAUCAGAUUUUUAAAAUUAGCUAAAUUUGCUUGUCUGUGUUCAUCAACUUAUAGUUGAUAGUCAACCAAGUGCUACCCACCCCUCUUCCUCUUGCUCCUGGUUAAGAGUAAUUUUUCAAUUUGAAAUACAUUGUACACUUUGAAACACAGCAAUACCAAGGGCCUGGGGCCCCUGCGGUUGGAGGAAGAAUUGGACAUCCAACACCUUGAGACUCUGAUGUUCAAGUUUAAGACACACAUUCCUGACAAGGUGGAACUCAAGAAAUGGCUGACGAGGCGAGGAUCAGAAUACAGAGACCAGAGCAGAUUUCAUUCUGCAGGGUUAAUGACACAGGAAGAAUUUCAUGAAAUGCUGGCGGAUUUAUUAGAAGUUGAGACAUGGGACAGUCAUAAGGUGGCAUUAUUUGAGAAGGAGAUAGGGACAUUAUUCAAAAAGGUACACAGUACUAUUUUAUACAAGUUGAACAAUUAUUUUGGCAUUUAAUGUGACCAAGUAUUCAUUAAUAUGGUUAUUUACCAUUGUCAAAUAUGUUCUUUCUGCUGUAUAUAGGUUGAUAUUGCGUCUGAUGGCCUUGUUGACUGGGAUGAAUUCUGUACUUAUCUGAUGCUUCAGUUUGAGGAGAAUGACCAAGCCACAAAAGUCAAUGGGAAUACUUUUAUUCCAAAGCCAAAUAUUGUUAGGAUAGAUUAUAACAAGGUAUAUUUAAAACACAUAAUUGUGAAGGCUACAGGUUUUGAUUAAUGGUGUAAGUGACUCAUGAAUGUUAUGCUUCUGGCUGCAGACAAACUGCUGAUUAGUCGUACAUAAUUGAACCUAUAUUCCGAGAUAAAUAUUACAUCUAGGUUUAAAUAAAUUGUACAAUGUUUAGACCUGUUACUCAAUACUCUUCUGUGUCAUUACUGUUCCAUAUUAAUUGAAAUGCUUUAUUCCUUUAUCAGGAAACAACAACAAGAAUUCUCACAGAUUUUAAUCCUAUGAGAUAUGUAACAGUUAGUAAGGUAUGACACAAAUAUAAAUACAAUUUGUACCUGAUUUAUGUUUCAGUUUUAUCAGUUUCUUUGUUGCUAGAAUAAAUCACUGAAUAGUUAAGAAAAAAAAUUUUGAUAGUCUAUGUGUACAAUUUUCAAAUGUGUGUGGGAAAGAUGCCACCUCAUCCACAUGGUCAAGGUUAAUUAAUUUUUUAGUAAUCAUUGUCUUUAGGAAGGAAUUAUUGGUGUCUGGAGUACAGAACUAGACCUUCAAAGGAAAAUUGAAAUGGAGCAUAAUAACUCUGAGGCUGAGCGAACUUCCAACAAGAGACACAUCAAGAUGUGGGUUACAGAUGCUGUUGCUAUGCCCAACGUGCAUAAAAUGGCUCUGUCUACCACAAACAGAGACAUCCAUUUUUAUGAUAUGUCCACACCAAUUUACACACCACAAUUUCAUCUUUGUGGUGAGCUAUUUGAAUUGUUAAUUUUGGUAAUAAUCCAGUAAAAUAAUUGUUUCUUUUAACACCCUGUCUAUCCAUUAUUUUCAGCUCUGGGAAACGUGGUUCUCUGUCUUGAUUAUUGUUACAACAAGAAAGUAAGUUUAUUUGUAGCUGUUACAAAUAAAUUUCAUCAAUCAAAGUUUUAAAAAUAACAGUUUUAAAGAAUUAAGUUUACAAACUCGUAGAUGAUAACAAUUCCAGUGUAAAGGAUGAGAGGGAAUAUGGCAUAGAGGGAGGGGGGUAGGUUGGGUAAGUAUUCUUACUCCAUCUGGUUAUUUUACAAGUGUAAAAAUUAUUAUAGUGUUGAUGUAAGCAUUUACUAUCUACAGCUUCCUGCUGGCAAGUCAAUGCUUUUUCUUGGAAUGGACAAUGGCAUAAUCUUGUUCCUUGUGUUCUCUACACCUCUCAAAGGACUGUUUGAGACUCCAUUCAAAAAGACAUCUGGCAGUCACCAGGUUUACCUUCAGGUUAGAACAGCUAUGACAUCUCUUCCCCCCUCUUCCCCCCUGCCCUCCUAACUUCUGUUUCGUGUUUUGUACAUGUAUGUAAAAUUUAACAAGGUGUUAUCACUUUGAAUUAUAAUACAGAGGUGGUAUGAGUGAGACAGAGAGAUGAGGAUAAUAUGUACUUGAUACGGACUGGGGAAAGGAAAGAAUAGUUCUCCAUUUUACUACUUCCCUUUUUUCAUGCAUUUAUCUGCAGAGAGGCAAGGGGGUGGAAUUUUUCAAUUGGGGUAUGCAACUUGGAGAGAAGGGAAGCAAGAUUGGAAAGAUGACGAAGUUUUCCAAUGUUUACUGAUGUAAGUUGUGAUUUUGUUCCCAGGACCUUCCAACGCACUCUCGUUUUGUAUCUUGCCACACCCUGGGGCAAGUCCAUUCUGAUUGGGUUAGAAGAGUGAAGUAUAUUCCAGCAAAGGAGUUUGUUAUUUCCUGUAGCGGCAGUGGAAAAGACUCACUUGUAGUUAGAGAUAUCGAUGAUAAGAAGCGGAAAACAUACACUUUUAAAGUGGCAAAGGUAAACACCAUGCCUUAAAAUGCAUUUUUUUUUUUCAAGAUAUCAAAAUAAAUUGUUUAGAGACUGUUUAAUUUACAACUAAACUUGGAGGGUGAGUUUGGUGGCCACAAAGUAUGAAACAUGCAUGUGAUCUGAUUUUUAUAUGUAUCCCCUUCAACGUUCAACUUCAUACAUUACAGUGGUACCCAAGGUGCAUAAAGUCUGCCUUUCGUGCGACUCUUUCUGCCGUCAACACUCUCGCUGUUGUAGGGACAAAUAUUCUGGCAAAAAUUGUCUAUAUCGUACUCACGCAAUUGUCCAUGAAUUGUUCAUUUCAAUGUAGGUAUCUCGGUUCAUAUUACGUAUCGGUUAAUACUGAACGAUCCAUUUGUCAGUCGGUAGCCUACGUGGCUGGCGGUUAUCUGCGCUAAGAGAUGAACGGCAAAUCGGCGAGUGUUUUAAACUAUUCUCUGUCACGAACCUCUCACGGGAUCGCCGCUAAUAGCUUUAGCCAGCUACAUAGAUAGUUAGUCGGCAGUCGAUUGAAAGUCGUCGAUAGCUGGCCGAUAAAAGGUUGUUGAUCUACCGACACUCUUGCGUUAGUUAGAGCCACGCUCAAGGUGCUUGCUGAGUGUUGGAACAAGUAAUUGCUUUAGGGUUAGUUGACCCUCAGGCUUUUUUUCUGGGCAGGGCGUGGAAUGUUUUGACUACAGUCACAACCUAAAUGUUAUCUGCACCGGUGGAGUGGACCAUGCUGUUCGUUUGUGGAAUCCUUACGUGACAGUGAAACCUGUCGCCAUUAUGAAGGGACACCAGUCCUCUAUCAUUGACUUAGCAAUCCACGAGGCUCUGGAGCAGGUCUUCAGUUAUGACAAGGAUGGGGUAAAAGACUCGAAGAAUACUGGUGUGUUUUUACUUUUCGAAUUAGCGGCAUGUGUUUGAACCAUUACCUUUCAUUCUCAUAUUGAAAUUUAGGUAUUGAAGGCUUGGGAUAUCAGAGAGCAAGUCUGUCUUCAAACAAUACCUGUCAGGUUCCCAUUUGGCCACAGAAUUCCUGAACACGGACCUUUUCCAUUUCUCCUCAUCACCUCACCCAUCAACUCUCUUUUUAUUGGGAGUAACGACUGCUUGGCAGAAAUCAAAAUCGUGGCAAUGAGUGCAAAUAAAAACGCCAAAACCACUCACUGGAGACCCCUGACUGCUGCUCUGUACAACCCAAGCAUGGGUCACGUGAUCACGGCCUGUGAAGGGUCUGUGGUAACAUUCUGGGAUCUGAACACCGGACGCCAGGCGCAACACAUCUCAGGGGCACAUGGCACGGAGGAGAUUUCUUGCAUGACAAUUGAUCCUUCAGGGCGGCGGCUUAUGACGGGGGACAGGAGUGGUCACAUUCAUGUGAGUUACGCCUUGUGAAGUUUAAGACUGAACUGGCGGUUACAAAGAGAAAUUUUAUCUUGUUAAUAUGUAAACGUUGCAGCGUUCAAAGUUCCUUUGCUCAAGAAUUUUAACAUAUCAUUAUGAACCGAAAUAACUGGGACAAUCUACUAUAACUAUCAAAGUUGGAGGUAUUAUUUGUUUUCUCUUUCCAGUUUCGAUUUUUCAGUAAAUCUCUGAUUCAGAUCAAAGGAUGUUCUUAUGGGCAUUUCUCCUGUACUUAUUUGAGAUUCUGCGUUCAUUUUAACAAACAGCUUCACUGGAAAACAGUACACAAUUUGGAAUACUUAAUCGUCGAUGAUGUAAUUUUGUAAAAUACUUUAUUGAGAAAAAAAUUUUUCUUUUUUUGCUUCACAGGUUUGGAAUGCUAGCAAUGGUCAUCUGUUAAACAAACUUGAACCUGUGGAGGAAAAUGAAGUGACAGGAAUCAUAUCUCUUCCAGAAAAAAGUAAAAUAAUUACAGUGGGAUGGAAUCGCAAGAUUUUGGUCUACUAUGAUGAUAUGCAGGUGAAGAAAGCAAAAAAACGUUCCUUCUAGUAAACGUUUAAGAAAGCUGGCGGCGCUGUAGAAUUUGAUGAAAUUUUUAGAUACGCACAUGGAAAGAAAGAAGUCAUUGUUGGGAAGGGAACAUUUCAGUGUUCUCAAUUUUAAUUUGGUGAAGUCUACAUACUGUUUUAUAUUGACUUUCCUAGCUCUUUGAAGUUCUUCGGAUUUUCGUGGUAUGAAGCGCGUGUAAGUAAUGCCACAUUUUUCUAGAGCGAAUGUUACGCCAUGGGAGGCUACACUAAGUAUUUUGUCGGAUUUUUUCUAAAAAUUUGAGGUUAGAGGUUCUGUGGGGGUUAAGUCUUCUGUUCAAGAAAGCAACACAGAGGUCUUAGCAAGAUCACAAACCCUAAUUGUCGAUCAGGAGUCGCGGUGUUUCCCAUUAAUGUCAACUGUUUUGAUAUUUUUUCUCUGUUAUCUAGACGUUUUGUCUUCGACCCAACGCAGGUUGGAAAGGAGGGCAGUUGCAUCAGGUAUAGCUAGACAAUUGUUAAAAUGCAGGCCAAUUGUUUGAGCAGUGAUUUACAAAUGUAAGUUUUGCGUUUAGACUUAAGUUUCCUCCAUAGCUUACUGAGCUUGCCGCUUCAUCUCUAGGAUGACAUUUUGACCGCUGCCUACUGUCCCCCAAAUUACCUUGCCACGGCAAGUUUUGACGGAGAUAUCAUUCUUUGGGGUCUGGAUCGGGAGAAGAUGAUUCGACGGCUGAAAAAAGGAUCUGGAAGUCUGUUGUGAGUUGAUUGCCUUUCGUAUAUUAUAUUUCAGUCACCUCAUUGUGUGUAAUAUUAACUGUUAUUGUUUCUGUUUUUUCAUGUUACUCUACCAAGAAAAGCCAAAAUUAAAAAGCUGGGUCUUAUCCAGACGAAGAAAUCUUAGUAAGUCGCUGCCAUGAUUUAUUCCUUUAACUCGCGAAGAGAGAUUUAUCGUUUUCUGGCGAGUUCUUUUUCUGACGCGCUAGUUACUCUUCGUUUGCUAUUUUUCAGUCAAAAUAGCUGUGGUGCACCGGUUGACAAGUUGUUAUUUCUUACAUCAAGAGCUCAGUGGAGGACUCAGGAGAGCGCUGUUCUUGUGUCAUCGGAGGCUGGUACUCUGGAGUUUUGGUGUUUUUACGGCGCAAACAGACCCAUGGGUAUGUACCUCAAUAUUUGAGGUGUUACAAUUGAGACAAGUGAAUCCAACAAUAUUUUUCCCUUUCUUCACAUAUCUAUUGCACUUGACGUGCCACAGGAAGAUAUUUCGCUGCCAGUGACGAGGAAAGUACUAUAUUUGCCUUAACAACCGACCCCAGUAACGAGAUGUUGAUAACUGGUGAUUCCAACGGCACCAUCUCUGUGUGGGACAUCAGCUCUUACUGCAUUUCAAGAGCAGAAGCCAUUGUUGCUCAGGUUGGUUAUCAUUUUUCCAGAGGAGAGAUGUAUUACUAAUGAAAAUUUGCAAAGUAACAGGUUUUUCAAACCAUUUGUGAAAUUUUCGGCUUUAUUAACCGAUUCCAUUGCCGUUUUGAAUUACUUUUAAUUCAUCAACAUGAAGAAGAGCACCGGAGCGGUGGGAAAACGAUAGUUAUAUGACCUUUCCACAAAUUUGUUCUUCAGGUUUGGUCGACAACUCAAAGAGCUGGCUCUACCGAUGAUAACCCAGAGGGCAAACCUCCACUACUCGCCAGUUGGCAUGCGCAUAAAGGCUCUGUAUCCAGUGUGGAGUACAUAUCACGUGAUAAGGGCGCUUUAUUGCUUUCCGCUUCUGAGGACUGCACAGCAAGGCUGUGGACACUGAGUGGGCAAUACAUCGGAAUGUUUGGACAGGUCAUUUAAUUCAGCUUUUUUUGCUUUUUAUCAUAUCAUUGGAAUGAGUCAUACAUAUGUAUGCUUAUCUUUUGUCAACUUUGUGAUUAUUACUCUUUUGUUCUUGUAGAAGAGGUUGUGGAAUGUUGAAGAUCCAACUUCCUACCGACUUACAGGGUGAGAAGGCUGUUGUGUCAUGAUCAGUAUUGGUAUGAAGUUGUCAAUUUACUCCUUUUGCUUAAUCUGUAUUUGUUUUGUUUCGUUUUGUUUAGAAAUAGUGGUCUCGAAGGAAAGGAAACCGAAGAAGGUAAAACAUGACCCUAAUCAUGAUAUUAUACUCAGCACGUUGUUUUACACUAACUUAGUUGCUCGAUAGUGUAACUAAGACGUCAGUCUCCGAUGGCUCUCGGCUUCAACUCGUCGCAGUCGAACCCUACCAAAUUUCAGCAAUCGAAUAAUGCGAUGCUAACAUGACAAUCUAUGGAAAUGUCAAAUAUGCCUCUAAAUGCCACGCAAGUUAAAUCUUACAAAUAAAAUGUGCUAAGAGAUUUUUUUGGCGUAUUUUCAGUAAAGGAAACUGACAGGAAGAAAAGUCAUCUGGGCGAGAUGGGUGGUUCAAAUGGUGACUCACCCUCCCCUCUCAGUUUAAGUCCAGUUCAACGAGGCACCAGUCCAUCAAUCUCUGACCCGCCUCGGUUAAGCAGAAGGUGAGUGUUUCUUGUUCUCGGUUUAUCUUGGAUCGAUUAAAAAAUUGUCCUCUGUCAUGUAUUCUACAUUGAGUUUGAGAUUUGUUUUUGCGUUGUUACAUUUUUUAUUUAGAAUAAGAAAUAUGGUACUUUUUUUUCGAGCUCGGUAAAAAAGUAGAGAAAGAUGUUUUUCGUCUUCUCACAAGCGUAGGACUAAGAAACAACUCUUGAGUCCCCGUGUGGAAUCGAACCUCAGACCUUCGGGUUAUGCGCUCUAAUGCUCUACCAUUUAGUCACGGAGACUCUACGGUGAGCGAGGCCAAUUUCAAAGUUCAUAUGAGACAAGCGUCCUGCAUACUGCAAGGAUCAGCAAUGUCGAUAGUGUCAAGUUUGUAAAUGGAAUACGAAAGAUGGUAAAUUUUUACCUCGGUAAAGAAAUGGUGAAAGGUGUUUUUAAUAUUACGUUAUUAAAAACAAAAUAUCGUUGCAGUUUUGACUUACACGCAAUCACAAUGUAAAUCAUUCUAUCUCUUACGUCAUUUAGCACACCCACAACACUUCGCGAGUGCAGCUUUUUGCCAAGCAUUGAAGUAGCAAUGGUAGGUGAAGGUGGAAGCGAAGAGGAUCCAUACUCCUGGAGGAAAAAUGAAUACUACAGGUCCAUGACCAGCUUGGUGUUGGAAAGAUCCUCCAAGAAUUCUCAGUCGUGGGUAAGUUAGUGUUUAUUAGCACUGCACUCGAUCUUUGUCUGGUCUCAGUUGUCAAGUCGAUCUAAUCGUUGAACGGGAGCUUUCCAGCUUGUUUUUUUAUUGCACGUUACUUACCAAUCAAAUUAAACAAACAAAUUAGGAACAGGAUCGAACAAUUUGUAGCCAACAGAGAGCUUUCCAGCUUGCUGAAGAUGCAAAGAACAGAGGCUUCCCGUAACUUUCUGUAGUUUAAUUACGUACCUACUACUACGCUCUUGUUUAGUAGUGGGCUAUAUUUGCGCUGUUCUAAGUUGAUCUAUACGAAUCUUGAAAACGUUUUUUCGAACGAUUAUCGUAACACAAAGGUCAAGCCUUUUUCGGUCUUUGUUAGAGGUUGGUAUGAAGGUGUGCAGUGGAAAUUUGGAAUUCCCAAAGCGCCAAGAUACCAAACUAAUGCGAUCCCUGAUGACAACUGAGGCCAAAUUGUAACUUGUUCUGUUCUUGUCAUGCAUGUCUUUGUUAGUCCAUCCUGGGGGAUCAUUACAACAAGGAUUUUAGGCGCCGCAUGGAGACGAGGCAAUCACGAAGAGAUCACGUGGGUAAUGUAAACCGAAAGUUGAUGUGCGGAGGAGGAUUGGGAAACGCCUGUUCUCCUUUCCAAGCGCUUCAUAUCCCUGUAAGUUGAUCUAAGAAUGUGAUUGAUAAAAAGUUUGUUUAAAGGGAAUACAGGCAUAACUACUUAAUUUGCAGAAAAUAAUAUUCUUUCCUUGAUGCAUGAAUCUAACAUGUUACAAAUUUAAACUCCUACUUUUCAGAAGUUUAUUAACAUGUCUACAACUCUAGAUAAACAAAAUCUUUACCAUUUUAUCCGAGUCCUUCAAUUUUAAUUUAAUUACAAACCUUUCUUCAGCUGAAACCCUGUUGCGUUUUCAAUGGAACGGGAUGGAGGCUCUAGGCGAGGCGGCGCGAAGAGCGUGUCACGUGCAAGGGGAGGAUACCUCCCUUCUCGCUUGUCAAGAGCUUGUCUCCGUUCGACCGAAAAACGUAAAUAAUUACGCCUGUUCUUCAGGAGAUCCAUCUAGGGGGCAAAAAAAACAGAAACAAAAGACCAAAACUAAAGGAAAGCAAUAAUUGCUACAUAUGUAUUCCUCUCAUAACAGGACACGAAAGAAUACGAGCUACCUAAGGACAUGCCGGUGACAUCCCGUAUGACGCAUAAGACGAGCAGAGCUUCAGCAGAACCCAUCUGGAUGGCCGUCAGACAGAGUACAUUGCCGCCAUUACCAGCGCUCAAGAGAUCUGAUAGCUUCCUCACGAUGGCGGAUUCUGCUUCAGGAAACACAUCGCAGUUCUCGUUUUUGGUUGAAUAGGACUGAAGGAAGGCCGCAGCAAGUAGAAUUCGGGACCAACAGCUUUAGUGUUGUAGUGAUCGGCAUCAUUGCAGUUACAGAAAAUCUGUUUCGUAGUAGACCAUACUUCAAGAAACUUAAGGGAGAACCACUGGAGAUAAGUCUCAUAUUUCGUGAAUAAGUGGAUGAACUUUGUUUAAGACUGCUUAACUCUCCUCUGCAAAUGUUCUCGUAAAUGCGGUCAUCGCGCCAAUAAUGAAUUAUAUCUCAGUUGUGGAACAGCUGGUUUAUGAGUUGAAAUUCAUAAGGAAAAUGUCGAAUCAAAUUUUUUAGUUGAUGUUGGGCACAAUACAAAAAAGUGAUUGAAUUAGAUAAAAAUUAGCACCAGCUACGAGGAUAACAGUGUAAAUAUGUAUUAUAGUUUCGCUGAUUUUCAGCAACAAAUUCUGGUAUGUAUACUUUAUACGGUAAAUUAUAUUAUCUAUUAUGAAGUUAGAUACACCGAGUGCCUUAUAACAACACCACUUCCGAUAUUUAUGUUAUGAAAAUGAUAAUAAUAUGAAAAGAUUUCUGACUGAUAACGGACUUAUUUGUAAAUAUAUAUUGAAUGUUAUGUACUAUUUAGAACGUUCGUGCAGAAAUUUUUUUCAGUUAUGCCAGGAGUUGAAUCAGGAUUCAAAACUACUCCAUGAAUUUAUUCAAAAUUCAGUCUAGAUGAGGCGAAGGUUCAUCUGAUCUAUCAAAGGACUGCCUCAAAUGAAGAAAUAAAUAGAGCAUUUAACUUUUUACAAACCAUUAUUUUUGUCCCAGGCUGUGGAAGAAUAGCGCUAAGUUAUUUCGUUUUCUUUUGUUUGUUUGUUUGUUUUUUCUUAGCGGCACCUGUACCACAGGGUAGCAAUGAUCACAUAACCACUGUUACCGGGGUAACCUACCCAAAACUGACCAAUCCGAUCACAGGAAACGCACAAUGAAUUCAACCAAAAUUGUUCAUUUCUCUUUGCUUGCCUUGGUCUUAAGCACCGAUAAGCACAAUUGAAUUUAGGUCUGCAUGGAAUUAUUGUUCGCUUCUUGUGUUGUCAUCGAUGAAUUUUGUUCAGUGACAGUAGUGGACCUGUAGUGCCAUGUACGUUUGCAAACCACAUUGUCUGUUCCAGGCCUCUGGUUGAUAAACAGCCGAGCGGUGGAUGAGGCAUAGUGAAAAAUAGGGAAAGCUCCUUCACAGAGAUUCUCAAAAAGACAUUUCGAGGAUGAGAGGAAGGAUCUCGUGAUGAAAACUUUGAAAAUCUGAAAACAGGUUGAUGUAAAACUAUCGAAAGAAAACGAAGAUUGUUUUAUUUUACCUAUCUGAUGU